AUGAUUUCAGGUUCAGAUGAUGAUGUACCACUCGCUCAAAGCAUGCCUACGGCGCUCACGGCCCAAAAGUCUAUUCGGAGGCAGCUGCGUGAUGAGCGCCACAAACGGAAGAUGGAGCGUGCGAAGAGCACUCGCGCAGCAAUGUCAUCCGAACGGCCUCCCGUUCCUGCCCUUCCUCACACUGUAAUACAUGGCCGACAACAUUCUGCGUCCGCUGCGCCCUUGCCUGCUGUAUCAAGAGGUGAGAGGACUCGUGGUAGACCAGCUCCCAUCGAGCCUUUCCCAGUUGAUGACUUGGCGACGAAAUUAGCGAGCCUUCAAAUGGUAGCGCCCCCUUCGACCGCACUACCUUCCUAUAACGGAAUAGCUUCUGCAUCACUAUCUGCAAGAGCACCCGUUCCUGGUUCUGGCCCACGGAGUCUCCGUCCGCAAGGCGUGGACGAGAUGGCAUUCCUCCAACACGUUCCGGCUUAUAACACCGACAAACCUCCACAAGAUCGGCAAUUAAGGUCCAUGCGAUCUUUCCGCCGUUCAGAGGGAAGAACGGUGGAUACAACUCAGCCACGUCUAGAGUCAUCUUCAUCGCAACUCCUCGGACGUAGACCGACGACUACUUCGCGGAGACCAGAAGACCCGCCUCUGCGUCGGGAUAAGUCGGUCUCUCGUCCAUCCAGAGACGGUCUGGAGAGUCGCAAUGGCUCGGAGCCGCAUUUAAGGUCUGCUCGCGCAAGCGAGGAUAGUAGGAGGCCAACACCAACGAUUCCUCGCGUCUCCAUAGACCAGGAUGUCGAACAGCGUGUUUUUCAACGCCCUCCCGUGGAGCUGGUACAUCCACGGGCUCAGCCUUUGCCUGUGAUGAAAGUGCAGGUCACUCAGCAACGGGUCUUCGUCGGAGAUAUGCAAAGAUUUAAUAUGGUUGAAAUUACCCCCAAUACCAACGCUGGUGAUGUCAUUGCCUUGGUUGCAAGCCAAGGAUCGUUGGAUCAUACGGGGGGCUGGAUGCUGUUCGAGCUCGCGAAUGACUUUGGCAUGGAACGCCCUAUCCGAAGUUAUGAGCUACUCUCAGAUGUCACUUCAUCUUGGAACAAAGACAAACUCCUUAAUGCCUUUGUGAUCAGACGUACCUACCUGGCACCGUUCUUGAGCCGUUCAAACCUACCCACAAGCUCACCUACAAACCGCGGUUAUGUGGAAUGGGAGACCAAGAAGGGCAAGUGGAGCAAACGCUGGAUGGAGUUGCGAGAACACAGUUUGUGGUUGUCCAAGCGCGACACAGGAAAGGAUGAGACUUUCCUAUGCUCACUCUCGAAUUUCGAUGCGUACUAUGUCACCAGAAAACACAAGUCUCCUAAACCGUUUGUUUUUGCCAUCAAAUCUACUGACAACAUCUCACUAUUCGAGAAUAUGUCGGACUAUGUUCACAUCUUGUCAUGCAACCAAAAGGACGGUGAGAGAUGGAUGGAAGCUAUCCUUGUCGCGCGAUCCUACGUUCUAUUCCAGGAACGACAUGUCCUAUUCGCAAAACCAGGGGAUUCCACCUCGAUCUCCAAUACGCUAUCUCGGUCUCAAACAAGAAAACAGUCCGUUUCUGCACGCCCUAGUCAGCCUCUUGUAAAUGUCUCGGCUCCCUUCAGCGCAUCCGCCACCGCUGGCGUCACAUUCGAACCUGGCUCCCUCCUGGCCAAACACAAAGGAGAUGUUAUGUCAUGA